AGAUUAGAAGAAGUUCAUUAAGUGUUGUUCUUGUUGUUCUUGUCUGUUGAACCAAAUCACCACCCCCAUGGCAACGACAAGCUCAACUUUGAGACCUAUAAAGGUGGCCAUCAUUGGCAGUGGGCCAUCAGCAUUCUAUAGCGCAGCAAGACUUUUAGCAAAUGCAACAAAGGAUGGUGGAGCAGAUGUGCAUGUACACAUGUAUGAACGUUUACCCACACCCAACGGGCUGGUCCGUUAUGGUGUUGCACCUGAUCAUCCAGAGGUAAAGAAUGUCGAGCACAAGUUUGCCCAAGUGGCAGAAGAUAAAAGGUUUCGAUUCUUUGGAAAUGUAAACAUUACAGGAGAAAAUUCAUCAUCAUCUUCUCUUACAUACCCAUAUCCGCUUGCAACACAACUACCGAUAACCAGCCUCAUUCCGCAUUAUACCCACCUGCUGUUAUCGUAUGGAUGCUCUCUAGCACAAACGCUAGACAUACCAGGCUCAAAGCCAGGAGAACUGAAAAACGUUCAUUCUGCUUUGGAUUUCGUCAAUUGGUACAACGGUCAUCCGGCUGCACAUGAUCCUGCAUUUCUGCAACAGGAGCCAUGGAGGGCAGUAGAUUUCUCACAGAAUCUCCAUCAAGCCACUGUGAUAGGAGCGGGAAAUGUAGCGUUGGAUGUUGCACGAAUAUUGCUAAGGUCAAGGUCCACACUAACUUCUUUGUUCACAGCCGAUACUGCGAUCAAGGCCAGGGCUGCUUUGCGUGAAACAGAUAUUCCUGAACCAGUUCUAGAACAAUUAUCAAAAAGUCAAAUUGAUCACGUUGAGAUUGUUGCUAGACGUGGGCCUGCUCAGGUGGCAUUCACAAACAAAGAAUUACGUGAGAUGAUGGAAUUGCAAGAUGUGACAUUCAUAAAACCAAAAGACGAGUAUAUGCACUUGGCCCAUGAACAAGUAAAAGCUCUCGAAGCCAAAGCCAAAGGAACCAUUGAUAGCGGAGGUGAAAAUACACAAGCAGCAGCAAGUGAGGCAAGAGUGAGGAAGCGUUUGUUGAGUAUUAUUGAAAAGGGAAGUGCGACGAAAGAAUCAAAAACCAGUUGGUCGAUGGACUUUUUCAAAGGACCAAAUUCUCUCUUGCCAUCCUCUUCCAAACCUACCUCUGUCGGUGGCAUUCGAUGGGAUGAGAUGGCAUUCGAGCCAACUCCCUCAACGCAUGAUCGCGAUAAACCAUGGAGCGGAGGUGCGACUACAGGACAGCAUCACGUGCGCGCUACUGGUAACCAAAGCGAACGUGCGACGGACAUGGUGAUCGCAAGUGUUGGGUACAAGGCAGCACCACUAGAUUCAGAGUCAAAUUCCUUAAUCUCAUGGGAUGUAAAGAAAGGAAUAGUGCCUAAUCGGGGCGGCCAAGUGAUCGAUGCCAACGGGAAUGCAAGAAAGGGAAUGUACGUCUCAGGCUGGUUAGCUAGAGGUCCGGUCGGUGUGAUUGCUUCAACUCGAAUCGAUGCAAAUAGUGUCGUAGAGCAAAUGUUGCAUGAUUGGAGAACGAGUAAUGGGUCUAUGAGGCUGGAGGGCGAAAAAGAGGUAGACUUGGAAAGUGUACCUGAAGAAUUACGCCAGUCUACCAAACGAGUAGUAACUUGGCAAGAUUGGUUACGAAUCGAUGCAUACGAAUUGACAAAAGGUCAAGAGCUCGGUAAGCUGAGGGAAAAAGUUUUAUCGGUGGCACAGAUGCUGAGCAUCAUCGAAUGAAGAUGAAAAUCUGUAUUUACACUGCAAAGGGGCUAAAAGGUAAGCAACAUGUGACGCUCCGGAUGAACGAAGGAAAACGAAC